AUGAGUAACAUCGCGUAUCGCGCGGAGCUGGAGACAGACUCAAACACCCACGAUGAACACAGCCCUCAUCCACUCGACGCUGCCAAUAUCACAGAUUCCUCGACACCCUUUGUUCGGGAGACCAAGGGGUUCACAUCGGUAGUCUCACCGAGGCCUCUGAGUACGAGCAAGCUUUCUUCUAUAGGAUGGUACACACCAGCCGUGAUCGUCGGGGGCUUCAUCGGAGCGAUGGUUAUCGCCAUUGCCAACUACAUCUACUUCUACGUGAUUGGCGGAGGAGGUGGGAGACCCAUCGAUGAAGUCGGCAUAUCUCAGACAUGGAACAGCUUUUUCAUCCUAGUUCUUUCACGGGCCUUCUCAACCAUCCUGACAGCGUCCGCUUCAGCAGCAUUCGCGCAACUCUUGUGGUGGUAUCUACGCCGGAGGUCGCUUCCACUGGAGAAAGUGGAAGCCCUCUUCCAGCUGAAUUUCGGUCCGCUUAACUUGUAUCAGCUCGGGAUAUUGAAACUAGUCCCCCUUCUGUGGUUCUUCGGAUUACUACUCCUAUUGGUCCCAUUGUCAGCAUCACUUCCGGGCGGAAGCCUUGUCGUAGAGCAGGUAGCUCGGAACGUAACCAGUGCAGCAUCAAUCCCAGCUCUUGAUGUCGAUUUUCGCGGCAAUGGAUCAGCAGCCGACCUCUUCAAGUAUGCCAUGUUCAGUACAAUGCCUGAUGGCGAGUACAAAAUGCCGAUCUUGGAGUACUCGGCCAUUGGCAAACGGUCUCUACUCGAAGGUGCCUAUCUCACUCGCACAUCAUCUUGCGGAGUCAACUGCUCCUAUGACCUCCAAUGUGCGGCUCCGUCCCUUCAAUGUAAGGACGCGAGCCCUGUUUCAACAGCGAAAUUGUACUUCAACACGGACCUCAACGACACCUACGCGCAAAAUGGAUUCUAUCGAGCUUCUCAUUACCCCCACAAUCCUAACUUCAAGAGAGUCAACGAUCUGUAUGAAUUUGUCAUGAUCUGGGCCGAGAGUGAUGGGCAGCGGCAGAAUGCUACAUUGCGGGCGCUGAACUGCGUCGCAAUGGCGGCCACUUACAAUGCUCAUGUCAAUUGCACCAACUCCAUUCAGACUAUAACUGUGGGUAUAUCGAACGAGAAACCGCUGAAUGCAACGGCGUUGUUUUAUCCCAACCUUUUCUACGGCGAGCAACGUGCCAAAGACGCUUCUCUCUAUGGUCGAAACCUGUCACCAGAAAUUCUUCGCGAUCUCAUGACCAAUGUCUCCCUCUCAAUAUUCAAUGACGGGCAACACUUGACUUCAACUUCCGUCACGACCGAAACCUAUAGGCUGAGCUACGUUUUCAAGUCCCCCUGGAAACUCAUUGCAGUGUACGCCGCAGACUUGAUUGUUACUGCGAUCUUCUUGCUACUCGGCCUGAUUGCCAUGUUCCAGAACGGCGUCGCGGCGACUCCUGGAGGCUUCCUGCAGAUCUUGUGCACCACGACUCAUGAGCAUGGGACUUUGAAUCGGUUGGCGAGACAGGCUUGUUCUGGUGGCAAGGAGGGCAUGUCUGAGCAUUUAAAGAAGCUCAAGGUCAGAUUUGGGGAGAUUGUGGAUAUGAAUGAGGAUUUGCGGUUUGCGGCAUUCGGGACGGAGGAAGAGACGAGUUUGUUGGUUAAUAAACGGGCGCAUGGUGGCAUGUAG